UCAAAUACAUCUGGGUUUUCCUUUGGAGCCGCGGCACAAUCGACACCCAUCAUUCUCGUUUGGAAACACAGCACAGACAACGCCUUCUUUGUCAUUUGGAAAUGCAGCGCAAUCAACGCCUUCCCUCUCAUUUGGAAACGCCGCACAGUCUAAGCCGGCAUUCUCGUUUGGAGCAACAGCACCAGCGUCCAAUCCGGCAUCUACUCUCCAAAUUUCUUUUACUCAACCACAGCAAAAUCAAUCUACAUUUGGAGGAAAUGCGAAUAUACCCAGCCAACAACAAGACAUGCAGACUUGGCAACAGCUAGCGCUAAUAAAGGCAAAGUGGGACACCAAAUCACCCCUCUGUUAUUUCAAGCAUUUCUUUUAUAAUAUGGUUCAUCCUAAUGAGGUUCACCGAUAUGCUAAACCAGCCGAUAUUGAUCCUUAUUUAUGGGCAGAGGCAAUGCGCAACAAUCCGGACCCAACUUGGACAGCAAUCAACCAAAAAAUUGAGCAAAUUCAACGGAAACAUAUCCUGGAGACAAUGACACGAUUAGCCGAACAUAAAAGACGGCACAUAGACCUUACUCAAAGAACAAUACAGUUCAUGAAGAACUCGCAACUUUUGCGAAGCAAGGGAUUCCCUAUUCAAAUUGAUGAGGACAAGCUGAGGCUUCAGUUAGAAAAGGCGGAAAUGGAGUUGCAGAGAUCAGCACAGUUUAACGAAAACUUGAACCACUUGUGGAAUCAAGUGCAAGAUGUACGUGAGAACCAAAGGGACACGGUGCUGACGGAAAAAUGGGCUUUAACAAGCGAAAAGGACGUUCACGCAAUAUCUGAAAUAUUGAGCAGUCAGCAUGAUGGUUUAGCGCACGUUAUUUCAAUAUGCCAUUCGGACAUGAAAGACCUGGAUGCCAUGAUUAGUGGUGUCAAUGCCAAGCUGAGCCAAACUGUUGGACAAUAAUGACUUUGAUGGUAUCUGAUGAAAUUAAAAAAACAUUUAACCUAAGUUUCAACAAUACAAGCUUUAUGCUUGAAAUGCUGAAGGCAGACUUUUUUUUUUUUACAAUCUCUCAGCUAACAGUUUAUUUCAUUUGUAUUUACUCGGCAUUUGAGCCCAAUCAACUCCAACCUCAUACUUGCAUAUUACCAAUCCUGCUAUGCAGACUCUUAUGCUGUUGUGCAUAACGAGGAACAGAGUUUCAGCCAAUUAACUUUGAUUUCAAUAGCAACAGCUGGCUUCCGUCACACA